AUGAAUUCUACUUUAGAUCUGAAUCUUCCUUGUAUAGCCAGUGAAAAUGAGUUUUUGUUUGAUCUUAAUCAAACCCCAAUCAAUGAGGAAUUCUCCAAUACUGAAGGUGACGAUAUUGCAAUCGUCAAUAAUCCAAUAGCCUCCAACGAAUCUCUUCCUGAAAUAGAUCCAGUGCAACGAAUUUGGAAACAAGCAAAAGAUACGUCUAAUGGUGAAGAAGUUAAUGUCUCCCACAAAAAAUCAGGACGUUGUGGCCGGAAGAGAAUCACGCUUGAUUUGGAUCAAGUGCAGGAGAUUCCAUUUCACAAGAGAACAACACUUCGAUCGCUUUCAAUGGGUUUGGGUAUUGCUCAGUCAACAUUGCAUAGGCAUGUCAAAGAAGGUACGAUUCGACGUCAUACAAAUGCCAUUAAACCAAGUUUAAAGGAUGAGAAUAUGAAAGCUAGGCUGAAGUUUUGUGUCUCGAUGUUGGAGAAAGAUACUUUGAUUCAUGGACCAAAAUUUGUUGAUAUGUACAAUAUUGUACAUAUUGAUGAAAAAUGGUUUUAUAUGACGAAGAAAACAGAGAAGUAUUAUUUACUUCCCGAGGAAGAAGUGCCACAUCGCACAUGUCAAAGUAAGAAUUAUAUUGGAAAAGUUAUGUUUCUAGCAGCGAUGGCUCGACCGAGAUUUGACGAAGAAGGAAACGAGACAUUUUCUGGAAAAAUAGGAGUGUUUCCUUUUGUUACUAUGGAACCUGCUAAGAGGCGAAGCAAGAAUAGAGAUGCUGGAACUCUAGAGGUAAAAGCUUCAAAUUCUGUGAAAAGAGAAGAUAUCAAAGCAUGUUUGAUUGAAAAAGUCAUUCCGAUAAUUUAUGAAAGAUGGCCAAUUGAAGAUCGAGGGAAGACUAUUUUCAUCCAACAAGACAAUGCAAGAACACAUGUUGAGUGUGACGAUAAAGAAUUUCAAGAAGCUGCUUCUAAAAAUGGUUUUGAUAUACGUCUGAUGUGUCAACCUUCCAAUUCACCGGAUCUAAAUAUUUUAGAUCUUGGAUUUUUUAGUGCCAUUCAGUCACUGCAACACAAGACAUGCCCCAAAACCGUAGAAGAUCUUAUUCAAGCUGUGGAGGAAUCAUUUGAAGAAUAUCCAACAAAAAAAGGGAAAAUCGUCUUCCUCUUCAAAUAA